CUCAUUCUCUUUGGACUAACACUGCCACCCAUUCUGGCUCAGGACAUUUUCUUCCACCCUGUCCACAUGGUCUUGUUAAGGGAAGACUGAGGGAGUAAUCUAUGAUUAUACUAUCGCUUAUUGAAUACUAUUAAGGGGGCGGGACAGCAUGAUAAAAUCCCUUGGGAACAGUGAACAGAGUGGAGAGAUUUAUAAGGCAUCUAGUGACACUUUUCAAGGGCCACCGUGACAUUAACUGCCGAACAGACCCGCGAGGUGGGUUGGCAGGUUACCAAAUGCCAAGCCGAGCUGAAUUAAGGAACACUAUUUUGCUUAGAACUAGGUCAUUUCAAAAGGAAAGUCGGUUCAUUGCAGGAAAGCCCAGAAUAGAGUUUUCACGUCGGUGCGGAGUCCGCUCAUAAUAGAACACAUAAACUGUAGUCAGUGUGACGCGUUCUCAAGAUCACAGCCGCAUUUUCACACCGACUUUUUGUCUGUCGAUGUGCCCGCCUACCCCGGUCUACAUGCAUUCCAUUUCACCUGUUGCUGCCGAGAUCUAAUAUUUCCAGUGGGAGCGAUUAGGAGGAAUUUAAUAAAAACAGACACGAGAGGGAUGGUAAAUGAAGUCAUGAAAACUCUUCAGACGGAAUACGUACGCACGAGAACUCCGGAACUCCUCUGGAUAUGCUUGAAAGCGAAAGCGCGAGUACGGUCCAAAACCCAUCACUUCUUUAUUUAGUCAAUCUCUGUGUUUAUGGGCUUCCAUUUCACUCAAAUUCAGGAACAGUAGCAGCUACACAUUACCCGCCCCCUACUAGACAACUACAACUGUGUUUGAAUUGAGAAGACUGGAUAUUCUCAGCCAGAAAUGCCCCUUGACAACACGGACACCCCGAGGAGCCGGUGGGAGCAGGGUUUGCGGCCACCGUGGGUCACUCGAUUGGCCGGAGGGCGAAGCCCCGCGUCAUCUGGGGCGGAGUCGGACACAGAGAGCAGCAGUACAGAGAGUGAGCGGUCUCACACCAGGCGUUCAGAGGGGGGCUCAGGUAGGAUCCCUCACUCAACCUCCUCACUCCAACAGCGAAUCACAGAGAUCGACCAGCAGAGGGAGGAGCUAAAGAUAGAGGUGCAGCUGGAGAUAGCCCUGUUAGAGGCAGAACUGCAGGAACAGAGGAGCCAGCUGCAGGAAAACACACUGCAGCUCCAGAAACUACAGGAGGGACCAGGCAGUACCAGUGAGACUCACAGACCGACACACAGACAGGAGGAGCGAGCCAAUCUGGAGAGGGAGAGGGCCCGGGUGGAAGAUUUGAGGAAGCAGUUGAAGGAGAAGGAGACACUGAUCCCAAGUCAGCCUGAGAACCAGAAAGAGCAGCUACUAAUGGACCUGCAACAGGAGAAAGAGAUGGUGGAAGCAGCAGGCCGGGCAUUUGAGGACUGGGAGUUUAGCGUCCUGGAGAGCGAAGCCGGGAUUGAGGAGGAUAGCGAAAGGGAGAAAGAAGAGAGGGAACAAGAGAUCAAAGAGGAGAAAAAGAAAGAGAUCUCAUGCCAACAGCAUGCUGUAAACUCAGCACAGGAGCGAGUCCAGCAGCUUGAGAAACAGCUAAAGGAGAUGGAGAGAGAGAGGGAUCGAGAGAUGAACGCCUUGAGAAAGCAGAGAAGAGAAUUACUUCACACAACACACAAGGUUUUGGCAGAGAAGAAGCCGCUUGCCGAUUGGUCCAACAUCCCCGUCUCGAGCCCUUGCAUGAUGUCACUGUCACCGCUGACCAUUCAGAAAUCACCUCAGGUGUUUUUGACAGUUGAACAGGACACAGAACAAAAAGAACCGGUCAGUUUGCCACGGAGACGGAGCUCGCACCGCAACAACAAACACUCCGAUAGGCCAGUCUCGUCACAAGGUCUGGUGGGAAUGGUACUGGACAGCCGGGGCCCGAUGGACUUCAUGUCUCCUGUCCCCUCCCACAGACACAGCAACGGGCACAGACCUGGGAACAGCAAUGGGUUCCUCACCCCCUGCAACAGUGCCAGUAGCUCCCGGGCAGCCAGCCCAAGUGUGGAACUGAUAGACCUGGUGGAGAUAGAGAGGAAGCUGAGGGAGGCCAAGGCAGAGAGGGAGAGGCUGCUCAAAGAAAGGGAAGCGAGGAGGUGUGUGGUGGAGGAAAGGAGGCAGAGAGGGCUAGAGGGCAGAGAAGCAGCAGAGCCCGAGACAAGACCAGACACACAUCCAGAGGAGCAGUCUCAAGUUACUAGUCCAGUACACAGAUCCACUGAGCGCUCCCUCCCUCUCUUCCUCUCUGCAAACUUUGACCUGCGUGGCCAUGUGGAGUCGUUGGGUCACCGGGUGGAGGGCUGCGUGGGCCUGCGCAUAUCCCCGCGGCGCUGCGCCGGCUUCCUCACCAAGCGGGGGGGCCGGGUCAAGACCUGGAGAAGGAGGUGGUUCCUCUUCGAUAUGGACCACAAGAGGCUAGCCUACUACACAGACUGUGAUGAGAGGAAGCUGAAGGGGGUGAUCUAUUUCCAGGCUAUAGAGGAAGUAUACUAUGAUCACCUGCGGACAGCCACCUCAUCUCCGCGGCCCUCCCUUACAUUCUGUGUGAAGACGUAUGAGCGUCUAUUCUUCCUGGUGGCCCCCAGUGCCGAGGCCAUGAGGAUCUGGAUGGACGUUAUUGUCACGGCAACAGAUGAGCACAGCCGCUACUGACAUGACCUGACCUCUGCCCCCUCGCCCCUGGGGCUAAAUGUCCAUCCACCUAGCUGUCCUGGUUACAGUAUCAGAUGUUUACAUUAUGUUUGACGGAUUGCAAUUCUCAACCACAGAGGCCAAUGUGUUUUGGACACAGCUUGGCAGCCAUUCUGGUGCCUGAACCGUUACAUGACCGUUACAUGUUGUUGGUGAGUAGUGAUGGUGGACAUAUUCAGAAGAGCUAUUUUUGAAGGAAGUUACAUUUAAGUCUUGAUAGUUUCUCUGGAGCUUCUAUUGUUGCAGGACUAAGUGGUGUGCUGUUACAGGUUCUGUUUUUGAUCAACAGAGGUUCAGAAGGUGGAAAAGAGACAAGGCCAUAGGAAUAUAAAAAAACAUGGGCGUUUCAGGAGAAACAAUUGGACCGCUAAGUGUCACUGCCAAACAUGAUUUUCAUUUUAUCUCUAAUCAGGAUUUACUGGAUGGUGCUUCUCUAUCAGAUGCUGAGCUCCCUCUUGGGGCCAGAAUGAAGUAUUGAAGGACUACAGCUUUGUGUAGUAUGUGUAAAUGGAAUAAAUGGUAUGUUUUUUUUGCAUCGGUCAAAGGGCUGUUCAGAUUAAAUACAAAUACUGACUCUGCAUUUAGUUCUUAAAAUGGACGGUUUGUAUGUUUGACACUAUAAACAGAAAAAUUGUAUGCUUUUAUAUAACUACAUGUUAUUAUUAUUAAAGGUUGUUUCUAAA